AUGCUACCAAGCACGUACGAAGAGUUUAAAAUGGGCGACUUUCUGGAGAGCCCGCAGCUUCUGAUUCUCACGUACGUAGGCGAGUACGUGAAAAACGCGGAAGAGCUCAUGUCUGUGCUGGAGUGUGCGUUCAAGCUUGUGGAGGGCAUGGGACUGGCCGAGAGCGUGGGAGACGCGAACAGUAUGGUCGGGCGGAUGUUUAUGUCUGCCAGCCGUCUGUCAGAGGCCAGAGCGUUUCCGAGCCCGUUUUUUGACGCGCAGGCAGAAGCAGAAAAUUCAGAGUGCUUGAAAACCCCAGCAGAGCUGUAUGAGAGACUGUGCAAAGCAUCUGCGCAGUACAGGCAGCAGGCCUGCGCUUCGGGGCUUUUUCUUGCCGAGUGCAUAGACCGGAUGGCCAUGAAAAUCACGGAUCAAAGGGUUGAUGUGGAAAGCAUCCCAUACGUGCGAGCGGCUGCAAAAGAAAUAGUGGAUUACAGCCCGAACAAGCCGAACCGCUUGUUUCUGAAGCUGCCUACUUUCGACAUAGACAGCAAGCGAAUUCUUGUUUACUGUUUUCUCCUAUACGCACGCGAAAGAUUUGGCGUGCUGUCUGCAGCCCAGCAUGUAACAAUUUUCAAAUUGCGAAUGCUUGCAAAAUACGCAGGCUUGUUUUCUCCCAGAAAAUCAAACAUGCUCACAGGACAGCUGAGCAUAGACCACUUCCGGAUGUAUGCAGAGAAAACAGCAGAGCCUCUCUUCGAGUGCAAGCUGCUACGCACCUAUAUGGAUUUGCUUUUAAGGUCCCAUUUUCUGUUUAUAGAAAGCCCCUUGGAAACUCUGCAGGAAAUUGUCAGACUUGUUCUGGCAGAGCAUGCGGGCCAAGUCCCAGAAAAGGCUUUGGCGCUGGUGCGGAAGCUCACUCUUAGCUGGUUCAUCUAUAUGCUGACCAUGGGCCAGACCAUGGGCCACGCGGCUGUUAUCCAAAUUUACCAUAUUGUUGAGCCAGCCCACUUCGAGAGACAUUGA